GGUGGUAUAGGAACUAAUAAUAAUGAAAAUGAAUUAUGGAUUGAAAUGUUUGAAUGGUUUUUUAAUUCUUGUGAUAUUCCUAUUAAUAUAUUGAAAUUUCCUACGUGUCAUUCUAUUAAUGAAAAUUAUUUAAAAAUUAUUGAAAAAUAUGCUAAAAGGGUUCAAAGCAAAUAAGUAGCAACAGAAGAUGGCAGGUUAAUUUUGGAUCAGGUACGCAACUACAAGUAUUUCGUCCACGGGACGACGCUUUCUUUCUUCCAUGGACUAUAUAGUUAUCAUCACUUCACUCUUCCCCUUCUCCUUUCAUUCCCUCGCCCUUUCGUCCUUUCCCUUCCUUUACCAUCCUUAGCCUUUUCCUCUACUAUUGCCUAUUAUUUCCUUCCUGUCCUCUUCACCGCUCCUUCACCCUUUCCUUUUGCCUCAACGUUGGUGAUAUAAGUCAGAAACGAUAGAUAGAACAUGUAUAUAUAUAUAUGAUGAUGUUAAAUUAUAAAUCAAUUUAUUUCACUUAUUUAAUAUAUUAAAUUGUUUCCAAUCUGUAUAAACAAAAUUUAAUAAAGAUUUUAUUUUAUUUCCUAUUCUAA